UCGUUGCUGAGUCGUACAGUCACUUGUCAAGUUGCAAAAGCACCUGUUAUCAACCAUGGCUGAACAAACUGUCGCCGUUGCCAAGCCCGUCAAGCCCAAGAAGAAGGCUGCGCCCAAGAAGAAGCCAUCUCACCCGUCUGCCGGGGAAAUGAUCCUGGCUGCCUUGGCCAACCUGAAGGACCAGCCCCGCGCCGGAACCUCCCUUCAGGCCAUCAAGAAGUACAUCCACGCCAACUACACCCUCCCGGCCAACUACGACACCCACAUCAAGCGGGGCAUCAAGACCCUGGUGGCGCAGAAGAAGUUGGUGCACACCAAGGGCAAGGGGGCCAGCGGCUCCUUCAAGGUGGACAACAAGGCAGCCAAGGCUUCCGCCAGCCAGAAGGCCAAGAAGGAGAAGCAACGCGAGAAGGCAAAGCAGCUGAAGGAGAAGAAGAAGGAGCAGAACAAGGCCAAGAAGGAGAAGGCAGCAGCCAAGAAAGCCGCCAAGAAGAAGACCCCCAAGAAGAAGGCGGCAGCCAAGAAGCCAGCUGCCAAGAAGACCGCCGCCAAGAAGCCAGCUGCCAAGAAGACCGCCGCCAAGAAGCCGGCUGCCAAGAAGCCAGCAGCCAAGAAGCCAGCGGCCAAGAAGCCAGCAGCAAAGAAAUCCAAGCCAGCGGCCAAGAAGUCUCCCAAGAAGGGGGCGAAGAAGGGAGCCAAGAAGGCAUCAAAGGCCAAGAAGUAAACUGCUGGAAACGACCCAGUUAUAAACCCAAACGGCUCUUCUCAGAGCCACCACAUAUUCAAAAAAGAGAUGAGAUUUCACGUCUGUUCAGUGUUUGUGUGGUUUUUUUUUAGUACUAUAAUCAUAAUUUACUUUAAAUAUGACGAUUUAGAUAUGGUCAUGGUAGGACGGAAAAAUAUAGACAUCGAAUGUCGGUAAAGAUAUUAGACUUUUUCAUUCAUAUACAUCAAACCUACCGGUAAUUUUCGUGUGCACGUGUUUUCAAAUGUUUCCAAAAGUAGUUGAGAAAAUAUGCAUCCAAAAACAUUUCCCCACUGGUUUAAUAGCGACUAUAGUAUAGGCCUACAAUUAUUUUGCAAAACCACCUUGAAAUUCCAGAGCACGAGGUCUUCAUUAAAAAAAAGGUGCGGGGAGUGAAAUAAGAAUGAUGAAAUAUUCGUUUACAAGAUGAAAGGCACACAUUUAGGAAUUCUGGAAAAAAACGUACUUAACAAAAAACGCGGGAAUUGAGCGGGCUCGUGUUUUCCCGCCCUUUACAUAAUUUUUUCGAGACGGCGUUUGUCCGUGCAUUUUUCAUGAGAUUUUGUUAAUUUCAAAGUUGUAACAAUUUUCUAGCAUUAAGACGACGUCGUCAACUCUGCAAUGACACAUCAAUAGGGAAAACAUGUACAUGUAUUCUGCCCAUGCAUGGCUCAAGUUUAACUUUUAUAGUACACAUUUUGCAGGCAUGCAACUUUUUAAUACUUAAAUCUGC